AUGGGUAACGGCAAGCCCGCGGGCAUGCGGUGCGCGCGCAAGCUGCGGACGCACCGGCGUGCGCAGAAGUGGCACAACAAGCGGUACUCGCGCAAGCACUCUGCGACGGCGCUGAAGGCCAACCCGUUCGGGGGCGCGUCGCACGCGAAGGGCAUUGUGCUGGAGCGCAUCGGCAUCGAGGCCAAGCAGCCCAACUCGGCCAUCCGUAAGUCGUGCCGCGUGCAGCUCAUCAAGAACGGCAAGAAGAUCGCCGCCUUCGUCCCCGGCGACGGCUGCCUCAACUUUGUCGAGGAGAACGACGAGGUGCUCAUCUCCGGCUUCGGCCGCAGCGGCCACUCCGUCGGUGACCUCCCCGGCGUCCGCUUCAAGGUCGUCAAGGUCGCUGGCGUCUCGCUGCUCGCCCUCUUCCGCAACAAGAAGGAGAAGCCGCGUACAUAA